UCUUACCUCAGGAGCUCCGCCAAGCUGACCUAAAAAAUUCUCGAUUUUUAUAUUAAUCUAGUCCUAUUUCUUAAGCUUUUUAUAGUAUUUAUAGUAGCUGAUAGUAUAUUAUAAUAUUCUCAUUCAAAACGCUUUUUAUAACACUAGUUUUAUUUUAUUUUGUUCUAGAACACCCGCUUCUAGCCGGUUAGCCCAUUAGCAUCGCUAGCCCAUUAGCACAGCUACCACAAGUUUGUUUACGCUUCUCACUGAUUAUUUCUGUUACACUACUGCUCUAAAACACCAUGUCGGUUGUGUGUCUGCCUUUGAGUGCAGGUGAGGAGACACCCGAGCUGCACUCGGUGGAUCUGGAGUUGGAGGCCGUGGAGAAGCAGAUCCGCGACCUACAGGUGAAGCAGGCCCAGCUGCGACAGCGGAAAGCUGCGCUGGAAUCAUCCCGGACUGACGCUCACCUGUCCCAGGUAAAUUCGCGGCGGGAAACAAACACUCCCAAAACCUCAACUCCGCGUAUUUCUCUGUCCAGGCCUAGUGCACCAAGGACGCGGCCCGCCCAGGUUUCGUUCACUCCGGCGCCGGGGUACCACGGAGCCUGGAUGCAGCAGCAGCGGAAGACACGAGCCAGGACCCGGGCGAGGACCUCUCCCCCUCCGCCGCUACCCGUUUUCGAGAUCUCGACCAGGAACCGCUUCGCUCCACUUCGCGAGUCGGAAAGCGACGCGGUGAUCAUCGGAGACUCCAUCGUCCGGCACGUCCAUGCUACCACGGCUAAAGGUAAGGUGCGCACUCGCUGUUUUCCUGGUGCUCGUGUUCUCGAUGUCGCUGCACAGGUACCCGCGAUCCGGAGUGGGAAGAACAUCGGAGCUGUGGUCCUCCAUGCUGGCACGAACGACACCAGGCUGAGGCAGACGGAGAUCCUGAAGAAGGACUUCAGAAGCCUGAUUGAGAAGGUAUGCAGCACAUCGCCCACGACGAGGAUCAUCGUGUCAGGACCGCUUCCCACGUUCCAGCGAGGAAUUGAGAGGUUCAGUAGGCUAUUUGCUUUUAAUGAAUGGUUACAGUCAUGGUGUCAAAACAAGAAAUUACCCUUUAUUGAUAACUGGAAUAUUUUCUGGGAGCGUCCUAGGCUCUACCACACUGAUGGCCUGCACCCAAGCAGAGUUGGAGCAGCGGUCCUCUCGGACAACAUCUCUAGGACACUACGCACCAUCUGACUGCUACACUCCUGAGCUGCCGGUGAUCCAGACCCCCCUACGCUCUGGACCAGAUGAGCAUCACUCCUGAGCUGCUGGUAAUCCAGACCUCCCCCCCUUCACUCUGGACCUGUCCACCGGCAAUGCUUCAUACUGCCACGAAAAGGCUUCAGCUGUUUUCCAUGGACUACACCAACACACAUUGUACUCACACACACGCACACUACAGUGUAAACCCAUAUGAGGAUGGGUUCUCUGUUGAGCCUGGUUCCUCACAAGGUUUCUUCCUAUCACCAUCUCAGGGAGUUUUUCCUUGCCACCGUCGCCCUGCUUGCUCAUCAGAGACGGCACACACACACUUCACUUUACUUUUGUUUGUGUAAAGCUGCUUUGAGACAAUGACCUUUGUAAAAAGCGCUAUACAAAUAAAAAUGAAUUGAAUUGAAUUGAACAGUUCCUGAGCCUGUCUCAGCAUCAGCCUCUGUCAUAACAUUCAAGCUGUAUUUGAAUGUGGAUCCUCUGCAUUGUUUUAGGAGAAGGGCAUUAAAACUAUAAAAUGCAUGUUUUUCUCAUUUAAAUCACAGAUAUUAUUGAUAGGCCAGAUUUAUAAUGGUGAAGGUCAGGAAGGAGGUGGGACUUUUCUUCCAGCUGCUCUCAGCAAAUCACUAAGGAAUAUGUGUCCAGAUGAGAAAAUAUAAACAUCAGUGAAGUUGAAUUCCUUACCACAGCUGUAGUUUAUCUUUAUCUACACUGUAUGCU